AUGUCCUCCUUCCCUAUCAGCGAGGCCGAGCUCGUGGCCUUCUUCAUGGAGAGCGUCACCUGGGGCAUACAGAUCGUCACAUUCACACAGUGUGUGUGGGCCCUGUUCGAGACGGCGAAAGGUGGACCGCGGCGGGUCAACAUAAUACUGCUCACCUGGGCAAUCGCGCUGUUCGUCUGGGGGACGUUGGACAUCUCGUUCGCCGUGUACCGGAACCUCACCGCGUUCAUCUACUAUACCGGUCCUGGUGGCUCGAGUGAGAUCUUCGACGAGAUUCGGACUACGUUACUGUCCUACGGGUGGAGUGUAUGGAACUUUCUGGCUAUCCUGACAGCGGACAUGGCACUGGUACGUGUCUUCAACGCGCAUUGCCUUGCCACAAUGCCGACCCGUGCACCUCCAGAUCCACCGGUGCUUUGUGAUCUACAACCGCAAUUGGCUGGUCAUCGUCUUCCCCUCCCUCAUCUGGGCAGCCGGCCUGGCAUCUGCAGCCGCCGAGAUCUAUUACACCUCUACAUUCAACGCCUGACUAACCUCGCGGGUGCGGCGAAGAUCGAGGCAUUCUUGAACGCGUUCAUCGCGCUCGGCGUUUCUUUGAACAUCAUCACGACAGCAAUCAUCCUGUAUCGCGUCGGUCAACUGCAAAACGCAUCUGCCAGGAUGCUUGCUGCGAAGGCAGGGAAGCACGAUCACAUCCCGAGCAGUGGCCACAUGCGGUGGUCGCAGCUCAGCCAGAUCCUGGUGGAGUCCGCGGUGGUGUACACCCUCGCCGGUAUAAUCCUGCUCGUCGUGAACUUCGUCGGGAGCAACGCGGUCUAUCCCAUGUCCGACCUCACCCUCCAAAUCGCCGGAAUCCAAUACGACCUCAUCAUCACCCGCAUCUGCCGUGGGGUCGCGGUGGAGCAAGUGCAUUCGACAGUGCAGUAUCCUUUGCGGGACACGACCUACGGUAUGCGCUCGGAAUUGCCUCAUGUAGAAGGCGCUCCGUCGAAUGCCGACACGAAGAGCGCGAAAGAUUCUGGGACUGACUCGAACCAAGUUAACGUUCACGAUUACGUCGCGACGCAGGUGUAG